GGCUGUGUCUCUGGGAUAAUGUGUGUUUUCUGCUUCAGGACAGAUAUCUUGUAGGCUGUUUGACUGGAUCAGGACUCCAAAAGUGCGAAGUGACUAGAUGGGCGCCAUGGCGACGGACAGCUAGGGAACGGGAGCCAGAAGCUGGAAACAGCCCAGAUGCCCCUCAACUGAAGAAUGGAUGCAGAAAUUGUGGUACAUCUACACAAUGGAGUACUACUCUGCAAUGAAAAAUAAGGAAAUCAUGAAAUUUGCAGAGUGGCUUCGUGAGUAGGAAUGCCUGCCCAAAUACCGAGACCAGAGAUAAUGGACGAAGAUCAGCUAAUGAAAGAAGUCUUGGAUAAGUUUGUCAAUUGUCAUGAGCAAACAUAUGAAGAAUUUCUGAGCACUUUUACUUAUCUUUCAAAAGAGGAUAAUGUGGCAAAAGGGGGAACACAUGGAACCGACUCAUCAAAAAAUAUAUUUCCUGUUGAAAAAUGGACUCAAAAGAAUGAAUCAAAUGGUCAUCAUUUUAGAAAUACAACCAGUUUUCUUCAUACUUCAUCAGAAGGCUCAGAAGAGGACCAGAUAGUGAUUGACGAAGGCCAGAAAGUUAGCAGCUCCUUUCAAGGUGAUAUGAACCGGGCUGGAAAGGUGAAGGUAGACAACUUCAUAGACUUAGAGGCUCUGGAGUCGGAGGAAGAGAGUAAGUCGCGGAUGAACCAGGAUAGGCUGCUACUUCCGGGUGAAGCGGAACAGGCUAUACCCACCUGUGUUCCUUAUGCUCCUUCUGUGGACCUUCCUCUCACCUCUGAGGUGAAGCUGAAGCCUGCCUUGAGAAGAACUCAGAAGCAAGCUGAAGAGAUAGUUGGAGAUGAAGUUCAGCCCUUCUUUCUCGAUGAAGAAUUUGAUUAUGACAAUGUGACUCUCACUCCUAAGUUUACUGCUGGAGACAUAGGAACCAUCCAAGAGCUGUCCAAGCAAAAGAGAAUGGAUACCAGUGCAGACUUAUGCGAACCCCCUGACUGAGUCAGCAGAUGUCUUUGUGUUUAAUUGUACUUUGUUCAUACUCAGGAAGGAUUAGAAUAAAGCAUGUGCCAACUGAUUUCCUUUGUGGAAA